AAGCUAUUAAUUCCAACUUUCUCCAUUAUACAAAAAGAAGAACACCAAUAAAUAAAUAAAUAAAUAAAAAAUAAAUAAAAUCCUUCUACUGAAAAAUGUCGAUUUCUAACGAAGCAUUGCAGAAGCUGCUACGGGAGGUUGAAACGCAGGCCAUCGCCGCGCAGCAGCAAAUAUCGCUCGUCAGAACCCAGCAGACAUCCAAGCAGCGCGAGCUACGAAUGGCGCAGCUAACACGCACCGAGAUGUCUUCUUUACCGGCGGAUACCCACGUUUACGAGGGGGUUGGCAAGAUGUUUGUCGCUCUCCCCGUUUCUGACAUGAAGAGCAAAUUAGACACACAGAUCAAGGAGGUGGAGGGUGAUGUGGACGGGCUAGGCAAGAGGUUGCACUACCUCGAGGUUUCUCAGAAGAACAGCAAGGAUCAGAUCGAUCGGAUGCUCAGAGGAGGUGUGAGCUCUUCUUAGGUCAGAUCGGAAGAGCCUCGUUACGCACGGUAGCAUAGUCAUUGCCAUGGCGUUGCCUACUGGAGUCGGGCUGGACUGCAAAUCAUGCGUGUCAGCUGCGCUAGAAAAUGGGGAGAGCAGAUCUUUCAAGUAUCGUGUAUUUAAUCUAUCGCCUCUUGACAGCUUUUUUUUUACUCGCUAGUAUCCGUGUAUUUGUCUGAAUUGUAAGAGGGUGCUACACGAACAGGCAUACAAACAAGGAGGCGAAAGAGCACUGCGCAAUGGUAGAGGGGGGGGUUACAUAAUGACGGAUACGAUACCUAUUAACUACAUGUCCAUGUUCAUCUCUUAUAGACUUAUAUUAUUGAUUAAAGUGCAUGCCUGGAAAGGAAAAUUGAAGGCUUAAAGCAUUGAUGCUCUAACUUUAGUAUUACAUACUACCCUAGGUACGCAUGUAUUAGGCUACUAUUGUUAUAUGAUACAUAUGAUAUGCAUCCAUUGAUU